AAAAAAGUUUGACAUAUCGCAGUGAAGUGGUGUGGACAGUGAACGUGUGUGUAGUUUUUAAUAAAUAAUUAUUUUUUAUGUAGUGUUAUAAAGGAAACAGAGCACAUGAUGGCAAUGGCUACAGCAACGCACAACUCCGUCACUUCCACGAUGGAGUCCUCUCAGACCCUCAUCCAGGCGGAGUCGAGGGUCCAGAGGAACUACCAGGAAGUCCAAGUGUCGGAGCAGCGUCAGGUCAAGAAGAAGAAGUCAAUGAGGAGACAUAAGGAUGAAGGGAAUAUUUCUGUGUCCAAGAGCUCAUCGAAGCUCGACAAAAAGAUGCAGGCCGCCGACGAGAACCCCCAAUGCGCCGCCUGCUCCCGCCCCGUCUACGCCAUGGAACGCAUCAAAGCGGAAAAACGUGUCUGGCAUAAGGAGUGCUUCCGCUGUACACAGUGCAACAAGCAGCUCACUGUGGAGACGUAUCAGAGCAACAACACUACUCUCUACUGCAAGCCACACUUCAAACAGCUGUUCGAACCCAAACCAGUCGACGGAGACGACCAGACAGACGCCACGCCUCCUAAGAAACACCAAAUGAUUAUUUGCGAAAGCAACCCUGUCGAGCUACCCCCUGAUGUUGCCAGAGCAUCAGACAAGCCAGACCUGGGUCUCGAGGAGCUCUCGCAGCUCGACGUAAAGUCCCGCUUCGAGGUGUUCGAAAAAAAGAAUGUAGCGGAGGACCCCGCGCCCAGAGAACCGAGGGCUCCGAGGGAGAAGAGCACCGCACUUCUGUCCAAGCUUGCCAAGUUCAAAGCCAAGGGCAUGGACGUGGGCGUGUCCGAUGAGUACCUGAACGGUGUUCCAGUGGAGGCCAGCUCCAGCGAGCCGGAGGAUGAGGAUGACGAAGACUCAAUCCUCAAGAAGUCCUACAAGGCCGCUAACGGCCGCGAGCAGCCCGUCUCCUUCUGCAACAUGAGCGAGAUAGUCGGCAAGUUUGAAACGGGACAGCACAAUAGUUCCGAACGUACCCGCGAGAGGAAGCAGGAGAUUCAAAAUAUUCGCAGCAGGCUUUUUAUGGGCAAGCAGGCUAAAAUCAAAGAGAUGUACGAACAAUCCGUGAUGCAGAGCGAACAAGGUGUAACAUCAGCAGACAAGAUCGCUCGCGAGUUAGAGUUGGACGCGGAGAAGUCCCGAGCGAUCAAACAGCGCUUCGAGAACGGCGAGGUGUUCAACGACGAGAACCAGCCCCCGAGGAACCGGGAGAUUGAGGACCAGGCGCUUUUUAACGAAGGCAUCGGCAAGAAGUCUCGCUCCAUCUUCCUGGAGCUGGACGCCAACGCCAAGAACAUGACGCCCACCUCGCCGCCGCCGCAAGAAGUGCCCAAGAGGAAGGAAAUUCCCUUUAUACCCAAGGAUGUAGUCCGCGCAGCAGACAAAGUGGAGGAGGUGCACAUACAGACCGCCGACAUCACUGACCGCUUCAAGUUCUUCGAGACCUAUAAACCCGAACAGACCCGCAAGGAGUUCCGCAUGACACCGCCCAGGCAGACGCAGCGAGCCAAGUCCCCGUCCCCCGAGGUGUACCACGAGCCUAGCGUGGUGCGCAGCGAGCAAGCGGCGCCCGACACGGGGCUGGCCGCCACGCGCCACACCGCCUCGCGCAUGAUCAACGUGUUCCGCCAGCUGGAGGAGCAGCGCCAUCCGGAGCCCCAGGGCCCCAAACCUCUCAAGUGCUUCACCCCCCCUCCGCCCGGCGAGGAGACCCACCAGGGCCACAGCUCCGAGGAGGAAUACACCGAUGAGGAGUAUUCAGACGAGGAGGAUAGCGAGGAGGAACGCCAGAGGUUCUACAACGAGACCCGGCAGAGAGACGAGGCUCUCAAACAGGCCCAACAGCUGGCUCGCACCAAGAGCUUCCGCGACCGCUUCGAGCACUGGUCUGAGUCUGAACCCGAGAGGCAAGUCGGGCAAGUCGUCAUAGAGCGGGACGACGAUGGGGAGUCGCAGCUCGAGACAGCUAAGAGCUUGCGCGAGAAGUUCGAAUCGCUGCAGGUGCAACAGUCAAACGUGACGAAGACCUUCGCGACUAAAGUCAAUAGAUUUGUGUAACCAUGGAGUGAUAUCGCGAGAGCCGUUGAUUGCCAAAGCCUUACGUUUUAACCUUGUUUUAAAGUUGUAAAGUCUCGUAUUGCCAAUAUCGCAGAAAAUAUAAUGUAAGUUUGAUGACUCGUUUUCUUUACACAUUAAAGUGUUACAAUCAUAAGAUAGAAAUACUUUUUUGUUGGUUUUAGAGCUGCUAUCCUGUACAAACAAAUUUUAUUUCGUGUAUAGAACUUUUUUUUCGGCGUUACAAACCGAUUGUUAUUUUUCUGGGCAUAUUUUUGACAAUUUGUCACUUUGUUUUGUCUGUAAAUCUUUAAAAAAUUCGCGUUUGUACGGAACAACGGUAGACAAUUUCAUGGAAUAACAGUUUUAAAUGAUUCACGGUUAGUUUCACUAGACUCAUAGACCGGGAUAUGAACCGUGAUUACCUUUUGUGUUGUUUUCGAACUCCCGAUAUUUCGACGCAGUUACGUGCAUCUUGUUCAUAAAUCGGGAGCUCGAAAACUUUACAAAAGGUAAUCACGGUCCAUAUCCCGGUCUAAGUCUAAUUUCAUGGAAUGUUCCUUUUUUACAUUACAAUGGUGUCAUAACCGACCACAUUCAUUUAGUAUGAAACGUGUAUUGACAAUGUGUGCCAUUUUCAACCAAAAGGGUACUUAUUGUCGCUUGUCAGUAAGGCGCUAUUUCCAUAUAGCUUCAAUUUGGAAUCAACCUUAUCGACAAGCGACAAUGUAGUACCUUUUGAUUGAAAACGUCACAUAUAGUUCUUAUUGUUUUGAUUUUUCUCUUGGUCUAUUAUCAUCUGGUCCUAAAUAAAAAAUUACACCAAGCUAAUUUAGUAAAAAUACAUGGAAAGUUUUCAUAAAACAAUAGUUACAAUGCAUUUAGGGUCAAUGUAGCAUUUAAAGUGCCUCAUUUUGGGUUACAGUUCAACUAAUAAAUAGUACAUUUAAACCCAAAUUUGAGUCGCAUUUUCGAGACAUAUUUCAUUCUUGCUUCUUUAAAGGAGUCAGAUUUCUGUUACAUUAUAUUUUCUGUGCCAAUUAUACUCUUAAGUUAUGGUUGUAUCCUUAAAUAAAUCUAAAUUAGAAUAUAAAUAUAUUUAUACAAUUUUAUAUAAUAAGGACUGAAUAGCAUUUGAAGUGCCUUAAUAUGUGCAAUAAGGAUUAGUUCAUAUAUAUGUAAACAUUACUUGAUUCGCUUUUUCAACUUGCUGCCUAAUCUUUUUUAUUAAAUCAUUUUACGGUUUAGACUCACUUGUUUUAGUCACUCGCGCGACAUGUUGAGUCUAAACUGUAAAAUGAUUUAAUGUUAGUAUGUCUCACAAUAGUUUAAAUUCGACUAAUCUUUUUUAUAAUUAUUAAUAAUGUAAGCUCACUCAAACCCGAGGUUUGUUGAUAUAUCCAAAUUGGUUUAUUAAAGUUCUUGUGCUUUGGGAUCUAUCCGAAAAUAGAAUAACUCCCUAAGAAAUUUUAUAUCGGAAAAUUCGUAAACGGUUUAUUUUUUGUGAUUUUCAUUUUUUUUCUUCUAUACUACAACGGUGGCAAACAAGCAUACGGCCCGCCUGAUGGUAAGCAGUCACCGUAGCCUAUGGACGCCUGCAACAGCAGAGAUAUUUCCUUAUCAUGGGCGUUUUUAAUUAUCUUUUUAGUUUCCCAAUGUUGGACUUGACCAAAUUUCGGACAUAUCUUUCGUAAUUAUCCCAAGGCGCUAGAAAAAACUAAGUUAGACUUGUUUGGAGUUGGAGCUUGAAUCUCAGUGUCUUUGUAUUUUCGACUUUAUAUUUAGCAAACAAGAGUCUAAAUUCGACAAUACGUUAAAAAGCUAUUAAUAUUGAUUUUAUCCGUUCUUAAAUAGCCUCAAUCUUAAAUAAGCACCGAAUCUAAUAAAAAUUAUUAAUGUGAUUGUGAAUUGACAAAUAAUUUUAUACUUUAGAAUUAGAUAAAACAAUUUUGAUCACUAUUUAGCGAAGUGGACUUUUUCUAUAAUCUUUGUAACGCUACCCUUGGAGCAAAAAUUAUUAUAUCUCUAUACACCACAUAAUAUUUUAAAUACUGAUAAUACUCAGACGCACUUUGGUUGACUGGUAGAAAAUAUCUUGAAGCCAUAAGUUCGCUAUGUGAAGUUUAGGGAAUCUCAUGUUUUACUAUCAUGGUAAAAAAAAAUCUUUUUUUGUUUUGUUGCGAUCUCGCUUUUAAACAAUUAUUAAUUUGUGAGGUUUUUUAGAAAAAAUGGUACCAUUUACUUUUUUUCGAAAAACCAUCAACUUUUGGGUUAUUUAGAAAAGUAUCCAGUUUUUCAAACAAAUUUUGGGUGUCAGUUUUGUAACUGUGCAUACGAAAUGUAUGUGAAAAUGCGUUACAAAACUAAAAUUUUUUUGGGGACAUAUUUUUUUUCUUUUUAAAUCGAUAGUCCUCGUGAUUCUGAUUAGAUAUAACCCAAAAAUUGAUGGAUUUUCGAAAAAAAAAGCAAAUGGUACACUUUUAAUUGAAAAUGCCCAGGUACAUUAAGUACAUCCAAGGGUAUAAAAAGCGUUAUCAAUAUAAUAUAUUUAAAUAAAAAAUAAAUCAUAUAAAUGUGAGUUACAAAAUUAUUUAGUAUUUUAUUGGCCUAUUGAUCAGGCACUAGUUAAAGUAUUAUUUUCAUUGGUAAAGUGUUCUUGCCAUAUUUAUUACUAUUAAUAAUUAUUUCAUCACCAAUUUGUGUCGCAAUAUGUGCCAUUUUAAAUGACAAGUUCAAUGGAUAAUUUUAUUUUAUUGCAUGAUUUUGACGUUAUUGUAAAUAUUUAACCUUUUAAACGAAGUCUAAAGUAAGAUCUAAAGUAAGGACGCUAAGCACGAAUAAUUUCUGUCCCUAUUAGGGAAUGCAAACCGGUUUUUAAUUGGAUGAAAAAACCGGUUGAUAACCGGUUAAGGCUUGUGCACAAAUCACUACUUUUUCGGCUACUUUUUGAAAAUCUAGUGUCAAUCAAUCAUUUGUGGGGUGAGUAAAAAAAAUUAACAAUCUUUUUUUCAGUACUAGAUUGCAUCACCCUUUCUUCGCGCUUAGCGUAUUUACUUUAAUGACAAUGAUUAAACAAAAUGCUCUUUUGCAUAUAUUGCAAAUAUUAACGGAUUUUUCAUCUAGAUUCGAUUUGCGCUGUGAUCCGUUUCGCUCCGGUCUACCCUAUACAGCAUUGCAGACGGUGACUUCUGGUGUCAUUCGAAGAAAUUUAUUUUAAUUUUCAUCAUCAUUUGUCCCAUUUUCAACCAAAAGGGUACUUAUUGUCGCUUGUACUAUUUCCAUAUAUGUAGCUUCAAUUAGAAAUCAACCUUAUCAACGCGACACUGUGGUACCUUUUGGUUGAAAACGUCACAUUUAGGUAAUUACACGAUCCGACUGAUUAACGACUCUCUAUCUAUUGUUUGUACUUACGUUUUCAAUGUUUUUCAACUUAUUUAGACACUUCGUUAGGUAAAUAAAUGAUGUAAAAUUA